AUGGUUCGCAUUACUGCCAUGGACCAGCUGGAGGCGGAGGAGGUGGUCGUCAGGGCGCCGGCGCCCACGGCGGCGUCCGGCGGGGUGAGGAGGGCCGGGGAGCCGGAGAGGCUGGCGCAGUGCCCCUGCCCGCGCUGCGAGUCCACCGACACCAAGUUCUGCUACUACAACAACUACAACCUCUCGCAGCCGCGCCACUUCUGCAAGGGCUGCCGCCGCUACUGGACGCGCGGGGGCGCGCUCCGCAACGUGCCCGUCGGCGGCGCCACGCGCAAGCCCAACGGCAGCCCCGCCGGCGUCCGCCGCAAGCGCCCAUCCCACUCCCACUCCAACUCCCACCACGCCGCCUCCUCUCAGGCCGCGCCGGUCGUCCCGCUCUCGGUCUCCGCGCCCGCGCCGCUCCCGCUGCCGCUGCUCCCGCCGCCGCAGCCGCAGCCGCAGCAGUACGAGCUGACCUUCCUGCCGCCGUCCCUUUCGGCGGUGGACCCCGACCGCCGCCUGCUCGACCUCGGCGGCAGCUUCAGCUCCCUGCUCGCGCCGCCCGCCCCGCUGCUGCCCAACUUCGCCACCAGCUUCGUGUUUGGCGGCGCCGGCGCGGGGAUGGCGAUGGCACACGCUCACGUCCCUGCUCUGCCGCAGCCGGCGCCGGUGGUGUCGCAGGCGCUGCCGGAGAGCUUCUGGGGCAUGGGGUGGCCGGACCUGUCCAUCUAG